CAAAAGUCGAUAUGUUUAACUUUGGAAACCGAAAGUGACCGGAAAAAAACGUCAUGACAUAUGUAAAUAAAUAAACAAACAAACAAAAAAGCAACACAAAAAAUAAGACAUGUUUUUCAAUGAAAAUGAUGCUGUCUGCUUGAAUAAGAUCAAAAUGCAGCGAAAAAGAAAUACUGAAUCAGUUAAAUUAAAUAAAAUACAUGAUCUAGAUAUAUUGCAAUUUAUUACUUACGGAAAUGUGUCUUCUUUAAUCCAUUCACAGUGUUAUGAAACAAGUAGAUCUAGGUGCACAAGGUUCAUCUUUAAAAUGUCUUCAUUCCAAAUGUUUAAAUAUGAAUUUCAUAUUUAAUCACAGUAGAUCAACAGAUGAAAGAAAACUUAAAACAGUAAGUAUGAAGCUAUUAUAUUCGCAACAAAUGAAAAUUCAACAAAUCACACCAUUGUCUAUUUAUAGAUAUUACGUAUUCAUGACCCUUUUAAAGUUCGAUAUCCCGAAAACCUCUUGACCCUUUUACCUCGUGAUGUCGCACUCCAUAAUCCUGUUUAAAGCUAAUAUCUGACGUUUUAAUAAUUAUGCUACACUCACAACUAAAACAUUCUUCUUUAACCUUCUGAAACGAUCAAUAAAGUAUACGCGAAAUUAAGUCACCUGUGAAGUGUGACGUCACAUAAUGGAAUACCCAAGUAGAUUUUAUUUUUCGUAUCGACUGUCGGUUUAAAGUCACGUAGACCGACCAAUACACAAUAAACCGGUUUUUAGAUAAACUUGAUUUAUAUUUGUAGAAAAUAUUUUAAACUUUUAUAUUAACGAGUUAGUUACGAGGAUAAUAACACUGGCUGGGUGACAUCAAGGGAUGUUUCUGCUAAAUAUGGCGAGGCCGUAAGACCGAGACAAUUUUUUGCAGAAACAUCCCGAGAUGUCGCCCAGCCAGUGUUAUAUCAUCGCAACUAACGAGGUUCAUAUACUACAACUGUUUUAUUGCAAUGGCAUAAUGUUUUCUUUUUUGUAAUAGAAAUAAAUCGUAAGCUACAUAAUGGUUCAGUCAAUUUUUUCAAGUUUUUUUUUCGCUGCCGCAAAAGAAAGAUAUUUAAAAGACAUCCAUUGUUAGAGGCGGAUUAUAAACUGUUACCAAUAUUGAUUCAGGCUUUUUUCAGUGGAAAUAAUUCAUUCAGCGGAUGUACCUUUUGAUUAAAUGAGAGUAAAUUUCAUUUCAUUAGUUAAUCUUUGUUUAUAUUUUUCAUUGUAUUUAUUUAUUUUGUCUUAUUUCAUUGAUUCAACUUUUUUGUUACUGGGAAUGUUCGUUACCACUGCCCCAAUGGAGCCUCUGUGAAAAAAACUACAUUGAUAUAUAUAGUCUGAUUUUAUUGACAUGUCAAUUAUGAAUGCAUUACAGGACUUAUUUAAAUAUUCGAUCCCACUUCUAGUUUACGAGAAUUAAUGUGGAGUAUAUAAGUCAUUUCAUUUUUUAUUUGAUCAACUGUACUAGUCAGUUUCGCUAUACCUCGCAUUUACAUGAAAUGACUGACAGUGAAAUGAUACGCAGGUACAGAUUUAGUAAUGAAGAUGUGAAUUAUGUUGUAAAUUUACUAGAAAAUGACAUAAAAAGGAGUACUAAAAGAAACCAUGCCAUUUCACCACGUAAUCAGGUGUUGCUAGCAUUAAGAUUCUUUGCAUCUGGUUCCAUGUAUGAAGUCAUUGGGGAUACCUGCGGAUUUAUCAAAAGUUCUGUGUCAAGAGCGGUUGACGGUGUCACAGAUGCGCUAGUAAGUCACAUCCAUGAGUUUGUGCGCUGGCCACAUAAUAAGGAAAAAAAGAAAAUUUCUUCUCACUUUUACGAUAUCGCCGGCUUUCCAAAUGUAAUCGGCUGCAUUGACGGCACACAUGUGAGGAUUCAGGCACCAAAGACCGAUGAGGCCUCCUUCGUAAACAGACAAGGCUAUCAUAGUAUUUCUGUACAAGCUGUCUGUGAUAAUGAAGGUAAAUUCACGAGUGUAAAUGCAAGUUGGCCAGGUUCGUGCCAUGACAGUCAUGUUUUCAGAACAUCGGGGCUUUGUCAGCGUCUUGAGAAAGAAAACAAAAGUUUUUCAGAUGGGGUCCUUCUCGGUGAUAGCGGGUAUCCAUGUAGACCUUUCCUAAUGACACCAUUCUUGGCGACAGAUACAGCUGAAAAAAUUCGCUUAGAAAGAGCAUCGAAACACGAGGUUAUCUGAUUUGUACGAGGGGGCGAAGCCCCCAAGUAUUAAUCAGAUUGCCGAGUGUUUUGAUGUUCUUUCUCUUUUGUAUCAUAGUCAAACAUUAAAACACGUUCCUUGUUGUCACAAUAUGAAAUCCCGGGAAAAAGAAACCAAAGAACGAGCAUCUGAAUACGAUAUUUCUGUCGCUUUCUCUUUCUCUUCCGUCACAAUAAGUAAACCCCAGCAAAAAAUGAGCCAAUCAUGGGCAUGCUCUUGAGUGCGGGUAACUUAUACCUGCACUUCAGUUAACGCACUGUGCAUGUAUAUGUAUACGAUUUAACUCUGACACAUUUUCAACAGAAAGGUCCCCAAACUAUGAUGCAAGUGACAUAUAUAUCAAUCAAUCACCACAUAGUAGUAUCUAGAGUUUCGUUUCGUCCUAUACUCUUACUAUUAAUGGCACAUAAAUCAAGUUCUUUAAUUCUUUAGACAUGUCAAGCUAUGUAUAAUAGAAAUAAUAAUAAUGUUUAACUAAAGUAUUAAGAGAUGUUUUACAACUGACUAAAGCAGCACAUAGCAUGCAGUUGUGUAUCAUGAAGGUGGCAAAAUAUAAAAAAGUAGUAUUUUGACUUCUAUACAAAAUACUUAUUCACUACAGUUAUACCAAUUGCCAACAGAACUGAGAUGCAAAUGAUGGUUCAUGUAUAUAGCAAAUGAGUAUGUUUUGA